CGAGAAAUGAGUGAGUUAUUAGUUGACUUGCUUAAAUCCUGCAUAACGCUUUGAACCCAGUUUCCUUAACUGGAAAUAGCCUGUCCAACUAGGUCUCCCGUACCGUACCUUAGACCACCCAUCCGCUCCUAAAACGUUCCCUGUUCCGAGCCACAGGCUCGGUUCCAGCUCUCUCCCCUCUUUGUGCCAGAUUCGACAUUUCGCGCAGUCGAACUUGACGGUGUCAAGAUUGAUGAUACCCUCUGUUCAUUCCUAGGCACGCGUUCCUUGGGAGUUUUCCCCUCGUGGCUCUCCUCCGUUCCGAACCAGAGGCGUCUGCAUCCGCCUACAUACUGUACGCACACGCAUCCACUCUUCAACCCACGACGCCGGGUCCGCUUCAGCGCGUCGUAGCGCAUCCUCUCCUCCCCUCUCCUGACAUCCCUUCGAGGUCCUUCUCCUCAGAUUUGCACAAAGAUAUAUCCAGUCCAGGCUGUGCUUCAACCAGCAGUAUUCAAUUGCAGCACUGUAUGUAUUUGGGCCCUUCUGGUUGCACCUUAUUAGGGUUUCGAGUACUACUCCGAGUUGGGUGUCUCAACUCUGUGAAUGGGUGCAUGUAUUGGGUAUUGCCUCAGAAUAGGUAGUGGCCCGGCGUGUACCUCGAGACAAGAGCCGGGAAGACUCCAGUCUUUGUUGUUCUGAUCGUUCAGUGCUUUAUACUAAUUCAGGUUACUGGACCCGUUCAAUUUGUCUCGUUGCUGGCUGUCACCCAAAGGACGCAGUGCUUGUUUCCGCCGUAUCUGCGCAUCAAUCCAUCCCUCCCUCCCUCUCACUAGGUCGCCAAACUGCCACCAAUUGGACAUCGAACCAAUUCAUUCCGUUGGUUUCCCAAGCACGGUACUGUACAACACAGUACAGUGCAAGCCUUCCCAGUCACUAAGGUACGGUAAAGUCGUCUCCCUCCCUUGUUUGCUAGCAUUUCGCUCUUCAUUUAGUGUCUUCUUGUCUCUCGUUACUCAGACCUCGAGUGUUUUCAUCCCUUCUCCAUUCUCUCUCUCAACAGCCUACUACGGGUUUGAACCCCUGCUGUAGCUACCCUACCUUAGUCAAGCAAGCUCCACGAGUUCUUCCAUCCCCGCAAGGAUUUGGUCUCUCCAUCUGUCAUUUGCGCCUGCUGGCAUCGAGUCUUCCCGUCCAUGUUUAAUCUCUACCACUCAGCCUAGUCGCUGAAGUUGCGACAAUGCAACCCAAUCAUGUUGACUCACAGAAGGCUCACCCAACCUCAGGCAUUGCCGCUUCAGGCCCGGCGUCCAUAGACCUCGACAUCGAAAGCGACUCCGAUCCUUCGGCCCCGGCCAACGGCCAUCGAGACUCAGUCGGUUCAAUUAUUGACGACCCCUUCUUCCAGACCUACGACCCCGCCGUUCAAGCGGCUGCAGUUUCCGAGGACGAGGACCAAUCUGAGGGAAGUUCGGUCUACCAAUCGCUAGAAGACGAGGACCACGAGCAUCUUUUUCACGACACAAAGGGGCACAACUUCGGCAAACCGGCAAAGCAAGCCAGGCGCAAAAGCGGCGGCGGAAAGAAAGUGAAGCCCGACAGCGAUGAUAACGAACCGAGCCAACACUGGCCGCCUCCACGACGAGAAUCUUUGACCGCUACACCCUCUUCGUACUGGGUAUGUAACCAUGUUCCAUCACAUGCGGCCCCACCCUAGCUAUCGCGGGGCAGCGUAAUGCUCAACAAACGGUCAUCCGGGGUUUGGAUGGUAGAGGCAGUUUUGCGACAAAUGGCUGACCACAGCUUGACGCUAUACAGUCCCAAUCAUCACCGACUAUGGAAAGUUUCAACAUUGCCGUCAUCGGUUCCACCGGCGUUGGCAAAUCAUCCUUUGUCCAGCGGGUCUUGGGCCUGUCUCGCCCACCUAUCUCGAAUGCUUCCAGCGUCCGCAUGCUGGUUGACAACAACUCUCACGCCGUAACUCUCCUCGAGCUGGACCUGGAGUAUUUCGAAUUGAACCCUACGCAGCCCAUCCAGUGGCCAAAACAGAUCAAUGGGCAUAUCGUCCCCCGCGUCGAUGCUGCUCUUAUAUUAUAUGAUGUCACGAAUCAUGAAUCCGUGCGUGAACUACCUCAGACUUUGGCGGCUCUCACGAACUCUGGUUUACCCGCUAGUCUGGUGGCUUGCAAAUGUGAAACCCCUGAAGCAGAAUGGCAGGUCAACGCUGAAGCCAUUGCGAAUCAUCAACUCUUCAAAUCUUGUGUUUCAACCUACAAAAUCUCUUCAACUGACGUUGAUGUUGCCAAAACAUGCCUCCACACCAUCUUGAGGGCCGCAAUAGCCCAUCGAAGAGAAGAAAAUGGCGAAACGUUCUCGCGCAGGCGAGCGCAGUCUGCUGCCAAUCUGGAAGCUCCUGACGUUGGCACCGGGCGCCCCAUUAGCCAACAUAGCAAACAUAGUCGAGCAAGCUCCGAUUUCUCUUUACUAAAGGGUUUCUCCAAUCCACCAAUUAACGAAAACUACCGAGCACAGUCGUCCCGUAGCCCCAGGCAAGGUCAUGUAGCCAACUCGAAUCCCGAGGCAGGAGAACUGGGCCAAGCGCAAACACUCAAUAACAUGUUGAGGACUCCUGGCAUUCGACUCGAUAGACCCAGUACCGAUUCGUUCUUGGAUGUGGAUGAGUCGGAUGCAGAAUCCUAUCGAUACUCCGAUGACAUCCCGAUACUUCAAAGAAAUGACGAUAGCACGCUGGAUAAGCAAGCGAAGAUGGCAGGCGUAACAUUCGAUGAGCUAGUUGACCGACUUCUUGCUCCUCGCUUGACAAGAGUCGACAACAACUUCUCUGAUGUUUUUCUCUGUCUUUAUCGCAAGUUUGCAGCUCCUGGUGAGCUAUUUACUGCCAUUUUAACCCGACUGGAUAAAGUGAGAGACGAUAAGACAGCGCAUUACCUUUCCAAGACCGCCACACAGCUCCGAAUCAUUGAAGUGGUCGCGAAAUGGGUGUCGCUUUACCCCGGUGACUUCGCCCGCCCUCAAACUAGACGAAAUUUGGAGGAGUUUAUCAGGCAUCUGAGUACAGAACCGAUUUUCUCAAUCGCAGCGCAACAUAUGCGACGACACCUCCAAUUCAAUGUCGUAGAAGAUGACGAUACAGGUUGGGCAAACUCGGACGAGACUAGCGAUAAGCUCGCAAGCGAGAUCUUGUCAAAGGACAUGAACGAGCUGUCGUCGGGUGUGAGUGUGUUGACGGUGGAGUCGGAUAUGGACGUAAGACCAUCUGGAAGCUCGGAGGUCUCUCUUGCGGACAGAAGCAGCAGUGUCUCGAGCCAGGUGCAUUUUCACACGUUUGAGGACUACGAAAGAGCUGCAAGUAACCUGGAACCUACGGACAACUUACCUAUGAACAAAUUCCGCUACCAUAUAUUCAUGGACAUCCCCGAUGAUGAUGUUGCGGACGAGCUGACCAGAAUCGACUGGAUCAUGUUUUCCUCAAUUCGAAUACGCGAUUUCGUUCGACAUGUCAGCCUAUCCGCCUCCCAAAAAGAGCGUUGCAAGAGUUUACGGAAUGUGAAUCGAAUGAUCAACCAUUUCAAUCAUGUUGCCAAAUGGGUUGCCAACAUGAUACUGCUGCGGGACAAGGCCAAACAUCGAGCGCUUAUAUUAGAGAAGUUCAUGAAUAUUUCACUUAAGCUGCGGCAACUGAACAACUACAAUGGACUGGCAGCCAUUCUAGCAGGUGUGAACGGAACAGCCAUUCAUCGAUUAAAUCAGACGAGAGCACUAGUACCAGCAGAAGUCCAAAAGCGGUUUGCGCGGUUGGGCAUAUUGAUGGGAACUCAGAAGAGUCAUUUCGCCUACCGCCUAGCCUGGGAAAACUCCUCCCUCCCCCGGAUUCCUUUCAUUCCCCUUCAUCGAAGAGACUUGGUGUCAGCGGAGGAGGGUAGCAGAACAUUUGUCGGCACUGAUGGUGAUCGCAUCAAUUGGAAGAAGUUUGAGGUUCUAGGCGAGGUCCUGUUACCAAUCAUGAAGAGCCAGAGCACAUCAUACCCAAAUCUAACCAAGCACGAUACUGCAAGAGAACUGAUUCUGGGUUGUCGCAUGCCAACGGAUGAAGAGGACAUUUAUCAGCGAAGUGUGCAAGUCGAAAGUGGCUCAGGGAAUUUCGCUGAGCCGCCGAAGAAGAAGUUCCCAUGGUUUGCAAAGUAAUCUAUCAGUUGAUCGCACGGAGUUUACGGAGCACGCAUGCGCACUAUACUUAUGGAUGCAAGCAUUAGGGGCAUUUUAUAGACUUUGUGCGCCUAUUGGCUUGGACUGAACAUAGCCAGAUAAUGAUGUACACGCCUAGGAUUUAUGAAGUUGACUUACCCUUAGUAACUUAGUAGGGGCUCAUAUUUUGGACACAUUCCAAUGAUUAGCGACUUGGCUACAUCGUCUAUCAACAUCUCACAGCUGCCUAUAGCAUUUUGGAUGAUUGCCACAUAUCGAUUUGUGCUUGCCUUGAAUACCUGCCUUAGCAAAUGUAGA